ACGGUAGACAAAAUAUGCAUAGUAUGAACAUUUCUCCAUGACUAUUUUACGUACUACUAAAAUGUACGAUCGCUGCACGAUAACUGAUAAGGUUAAUCGACACUCGCACGGUCUAUAGACACGGUUCUAGCAUUGUACGUUUGACAACUCCGCCAGUCUAACCCUAUUAUUUCUAUGAUCUAGAAUUUUAGAGUUCUAAACUCCACGGUGAUUUCGACGUCGCUAUUUGACGAAAAGUUCAAAAUGAGUAAUUCAAAAUGUCCGCGAGCGUGGAGUGACAUGGAAAUGGUUGAAACCAUCUCUCUUUCGUCUUUGAAUAUAAAUCCUCGUGUUAAUAAUCCUGAACAAGUCAAUCAAAUAGAAAAUAAUAAUGAGGUUUAUCUACCACCUGAGUUGAUGGAAAAAAUUGUAUGCCAUUUUGAUGGCAAGACUUUGCUCAAAUACAAACAAUUAUCAAAGACAUGUAAUGAUAUUGCUAAUAAUGCACUUCGUUAUAAUAAGAUAUGGAGAAAAAUUUGCUUGGAAGAAUUACCAAAGAAAUAUUUAAUUGAUUUAAUAACUAAAGAGGUUCCCACAUAUAUUCCACUUGACUCGAUACCAGAAGUUCAUUAUGAAAGGGUUUAUAAAAAUUGGCUUGAAUGGCAAAAUCCUAUUUUUAAAAUAUCCAAAAUAGGACAACACCAUUUCUUGGGUCUUGAUGGAGUAGUCAAAAUUAUUUGUCACAAACUUGAUGUCAUGGUUAUAUUUUCAAAUUUUAUGUAUUUAUUUUCACUUACAAAAAAUCAGAAGACAGGAAGCUAUGUUCUUCGAAAUAGUAAUUCAGAAAUUUGCAAACAUAACGCCAUAGUAGUGUUAAAUCCCAGACCUCAAACAAAUCAAGAAACUGGAGAAGAUAAUUUUUACAUAAAUUGCCGCCUAAAACAUGCAAAUUUGUGCCCGUUACAUAACACAGUAAACCUAGUACAUGAUGGGAAUAGAAGAGAACAUUACACUGGAAAACUUGUUGAUGUAGAUAUGAAUGCUUAUACUAAUGUAUGCUGUUGGAUUCGAGAAACUUGGUACGAAUGGCAUUCCCAUGGUGAACCAAAAAAUACUAUCAAUGGCCAUUUAUGCCCACAUUUAAGUUAUCUUUUAUAUGCUUCAGUGAUUCAUGGGCUGAUAAUUAGUCGUAAUCGGACUAAUAGCAUUUUAAUUCAUGGCAUUUUUAAGGAUUCAUGUAUAAUGGUUGAUUCGUGGUUGAAUACUAAAUAUUCUGGAGCUACUUCAGCAUACAUGCAUACAAACAUUUUAUUUAUUGGAACUCUGAAUGGUUACUUAUUAGCAUACCGUAUGCACAGCAUGGAUGAUUUGAUUAAACUUAAAGAUACAAAUAUGCUGUUAGAAAUAAAAAUGGAUAUUGGCCAAAUAAUAAUGUUAGACAUCAUGGAUUUUGAAGAUGUUAAAGCUAUCAUAGUUGCAUCAACCUCAAGUGUUCUUUGGCUUAAAAUUAAUUAGAGUAGAUUUGUUCUUAAUUAUAUUUAGAGACUGUGAGUUUAUUACAAAGAGAAAUUAAGACUUUAAUUCUACUCUUAAAAUCAAAAUUAUUCAGAUUUAUAAUAACAAUUUUAUUUUUGUUUUAUUAUUAUUUUAUU